AUGCAGACAUCGGCCGCUCAGGACCAGUCCAAGCCUACCAUCGAGAUGAGCUUAAGAGAACACUUACUCGCUGCUGGCGCCGGCCAGCCCGCCGUCCAGCCUCUGCCCCAGCACCCGACACAUUCCCAACACCCACACCCUCCCAGCCAGCCCCACGCCAUUGACCCUGCCAUUGGCGGCCCGACAUCGUACGACAUGAGCGCUGGCGGCCCCGACGACGGUAACACCAGCGAGGGUCGCUCAAAGGGACGGAGAGAACUGUCCACGUCCAAGCGCGCUGCCCAGAAUCGCGCUGCUCAGCGCGCAUUCCGUCAGCGCAAAGAAGAGUACAUCAAGCAGCUCAAAGACCAGGUCAAGGAGUUUGAGCAGCUAUGCGAGCUCUACAAGACGCUCCAGACCGAGAACUACCAAUUGCGCGACUACAUCAUCAACCUCCAAUCCCGACUCCUUGAGACCCAGGGCGAGAUCCCCCCUGCCCCGGCCGGUGUAGAUCUCAACCGACCGCACGCCGAGCAAGCCAACAUGCACCCCCAACCGCAACCACCCCAGACCCCACAACAGCCCGAGCAGCAACAGCAGCAGCAACAACCCGCGCAAAACAACAGUAACGGCGGUCUAUCAGAGCGCCAGAUUGGUGAGCUACAAAUGGCUGCCCAAGCAGCAGCAGCCGCUCAACAUAGCACGGCUGGCACCAAGCACGCAAACGUCGAUAGUUCAUAUGACUUCACAGAGAAGCGCCAAAAGGUCGACGAAUCUCCCCAAGGCUCGGGCGCAUCUGCCGAUUACGAUGCAUUCGUCAAUGAGAUGCAUCACGCCAAGCAGACGGCAUAG